UAAAGUGAUUGAAAAGCUAAUGGAUGGAAAUACAUCGAGGAUAACAUAUACUCUGCUCCAAAAGGAGCCAAUCCAGAGAAGCUAAAAAUCAAAACCCAUCAAACUGAGCUAUCUAAGAUAGCACAUGCUCUGCCUUCCAGAAGGAGCCGAAACAGAGAAGCUAGAAUCAAAAGUUGAGAAAAUAAAUGGCAGGAUGGGAGAUUCCAAGAGUUAAGCUGGGAAGCCAAGGACUGGAGAUAUCUAAGUUGGGGUUCGGAUGUAUGGGCUUGAGUGGUGUCUACAACGCUCCACUUUCUGAUGAGGACGGCAUUGAAAUAAUAAAGGAUGCUUAUAGCAAGGGAAUCACGUUCUUCGACACGGCCGAUGCGUACGGAGCAAAUGCUAAUGAAGUUCUGGUUGGAAAGGCCUUGAAGCAACUCCCAAGAGAAAACAUUCAGCUAGCCACAAAGUUCGGUAUAGUAAGAUUAGACUUUUCCAACUUGGUAGUUAUGGGCACCCCUGAAUAUGUGCGGUCAUGUUGCGAGGCUAGUUUGAAGCGCCUCAGUGUGGAAUACAUUGAUCUGUAUUAUCAGCAUCGAGUUGACACAUCAGUUCCCAUAGAAGAAACUAUGCACGAAUUAAAGAAACUGGUGGAAGAGGGAAAGAUUAAAUACAUUGGUCUAUCUGAAGCAAGCCCCGACACGAUUAGGAGAGCUCACGCUGUCCAUCCAAUUACAGCUGUACAGAUGGAGUGGUCUCUCUGGACUCGUGACAUCGAGGAGGAGAUAGUUCCAUUAUGCCGGGAGCUCGGUAUUGGAAUAGUUACGUACAGUCCUCUCGGCCGUGGCUUCUUUGCUGGCAAAGCUAUUGUUGAGAGCUUGCCUUCAGCCAGCUCUCUGGUAACGCACCCUAGAUUUAGAAAGGAGAACCUGGACAAGAAUAAAAUCAUCUACUCUAGGAUUGAAGAUCUUGCGAGGAAGCAUGGAUGUACGACGGCUCAAUUAGCUCUAGCAUGGCUUCUUGAACGAGGAAAUGGGGUCGUACCAAUCUCCGGGACAACUAAGAUCAAGAACUUAAAUGAAAAUAUAGGCUCCUUGAGGAUAAAAUUCACCGAAGAAGAUUUGAAAGACAUUUCGGAAGCUGUGCCCAUCAACGAAGUAGCAGGUGGUAGAACGUAUGAGGGCGUGAUGCAUGCGACAUGGAAGUUCGCCAACACGCCUCUGCCUACCAAGAAGUACUAAGCACAAGAAGUUGAAGGUCGUGGUCCUGCCGCCCAAUUCAAGCAUUUGAAGACCCCGAGAAUGCGAUGAUUGAGGAUAUAUUAAGUGGAUACAGAAGGCUAUUGAACUUUGGAACUGUUCAUUGUUCUCCUAGCCGGCGCAAGAAUUGCAGUCGAGCCUUCCUUCUCAUGUUUCUAAUGCCGUUUUUAAUGCUUGCGAGACCUCGCAAAUGUACUUCGCUUGCCGCGGGCUUUGCGAUUGAACGGUCAAUGCCACACUACAAGGUCUUUGUCAAGACUUUAUUCCGAGACAACUAAGAGAAACUUUCAUUCUUUACCUCAAGCAGAAGUAGCCACUUUAUGAUAAAUACAUGCAACGAACCGAUGCUUUAUCCA